GUUUCUCAUUCAGAGUCUUCCAUUUGGACUCGUCCCUUCGGUGACUGGGUUCUGUGGAACAAGGAUCUCAAGCAUGGAGAAGGAGUGGAGAUUACUUGGAUUCCUUAUUCUGUCAUUAUGUUUUCUUGUCAGCAAUGGCCAAAAACGUGUCUGUACACAGGAGACUGUGGCUGACAUUGUAUUCCUGGUGGACGGCUCUGCCAGUAUUGGGCUGGAAAACUUCCAACAAAUCCGUGACUUCCUCUCUAUUCUCGUACAGAACUUUGAAGUUGCUCGUGACAGGAUCAGGAUCGGUCUGGUUCAGUACAGUGACGCACCGCAUACUGAGUUUUCACUCAACACUUAUCAGAAAAAAGAGGAAAUUCUCAACCACAUCCAAAAUUUGCAUUAUAAAACCGGCGGGACAAAUACCGGCCUGGGUUUGGAGUUCAUUCUGGAACAGCAUUUUGUUGAAAAGGCCGGAAGUCGAGCACAACAGAAUGUUCCUCAGAUUGCCGUUGUUAUCACAGAUGGUGAUUCUCAAGAUGAGGUUGAGUCACAUGCUCAGGAGCUGAGGGACAGGGGGAUCAAAAUAUUCGCCAUCGGGAUCAAAGAUGCAAACGAAGCGUUACUGAGACAGAUCGCAAAUGAGCCAUAUGAUCAGCACGCCUACAGCGUAUCAGACUUUGCAGCUCUGCAGGGAAUCUCUCAGAGUGUAAUUCAGGAGCUGUGUAACACUGUAGAGAAAAAACACAAAGAGGUCAUCCUGAUGUCAAAAGAAUGCAAGACACCUGAACUGAUUGAUAUAAUCUUCCUUGUGGAUGCCUCUGGUAAUCCCAAUAAAGUUGGUUUCCAGGAAUUUAUAAGCUUAAUGGCAUAUGUGGUGAACAAAUCUGUGGUUGGAGAAAGACGGGUACGAUUUGGCGUCAUCACCUACUCUGACAGCCCUCAAUCUGAGUUUACCCUGAAACAGUUCAAAAGUCAGGCUGAUGUUCUGAGGAUUAUCUCAAACCUCAAACCUUCAGGGGGAAGAAGAAACACGGCCCAGGCCCUUAACUAUACACUCUCCUUCUUUGGCGAAACACAUGGUGGACGACGGGCGAAGAAUGUACCCCAAGUGCUGUUUCUGAUUACAGAUGGCAAGGUUAAUGACCCGAGUGGACUGGAAACAUGGCCUGAAUCCCUGGCAAAUUCAGAAGUCAACUUUUUUGCUCUUGGUACUGAAGAUGCCGAUGAGGUCCAGCUAAGGGAGAUGGCGGGAGAGAAAGGAAGAGUGCACUAUGCAAGCACCUACCAGGAUCUGCGUGGACUACAAGAAACAAUCACCCAAGAGCUCUGCAAUCUUACCAAACCAAUUUGUGAGAAGGAGGUAUCAGACCUUGUUUUUUUAAUUGAUGGAUCAGAGUCUAUUGAGGAACGAAGUUGGAAUAUUCUCAAACAAACCAUGAUUAACAUCGUGAAAGAACUGCAUAUUGCUGAAGACAAGUGGCGAGUGGGUGUCGCCCAGUUCAGUGAUAAACUCUUGCAUCAAUUUUACCUGAACACAUACACUAGUUUUGCAGAAGUGGAGCAAGCUAUAAACAAUAUUGUGCAACAAAAGCAGGGCACAAAUACUUGGGGCGCUCUGAAAUUAAUUAGAUACUACUUCACAAAAGAGAAUGGAUCCAGAAUAGAUGAAGGAGUCGCUCAGAAUCUCCUGCUGAUCACAGAUGGACAAGCUAAUGAUGAAAAAGACUUGAAUGCAUUAGCUUAUCUCAGAAACAAGAGCAUAACAAUAACUGUUAUUGGGGUUGGCAAUGAAAUACAAAAAUCUGAGCUGCGUGAAAUAGCUGGAUUACCUGAUUGGGUCCUCAUUGAGACUUUCGAAACCCUUGAACUGAAGACAACCAUAAGGAAAGUGUUACAUUUCCUCUGUGGAGACCAAAGACGACCUCCUGAACAUUAUUGCGAUUUUGACAUUGCCUUUGGGUUUGACGUGUCCAGACAAUCAACGCAACCUCUGUUGAGACCUCAGGUGGAACAGAUAGUUACUGCAGCCAUCCACAGUAUCUCCAUGAUGGGUGAUCUAUGCUGUGUCAAAACGGACAACAUUAAAACUAGAUUUGGCUAUAGGCUAGUGUCUGCACGAGAUGGCAGAGUUCUGCAUAAUUUUAGCUUUGAGAAGUACAACGAGGAUGUGGUCAGUGAAGUGAUGUUACUGAGACCUACGGAGCCCCUGGCCUUCAACAAGUUUCUGUUAGAUUCCUUCAAAGACAUGUUUAUCAACUCCAACGCCAAGGCAAAGGUUUUAAUACUCUUUACAGAUGGUUUGGAUGUUAGCAUUCAGCGUUUAAUGGCGAGUUCACAGAGACUUAAGCAAAGUGGGGUUGAUGCACUGCUGAUUGUGUCUUUGGAGGGAAUAAUGGAUGUUCACCAGCUGGAGUUUGGCAAAGGUUUCAGCUACAUGCAGCCACUGACCAUCAACAUGCUUAAUUUAGGCAAUGCUCUUAUGAAACAGAUUGAAACAGUAGCGCUGAGGAAAUGCUGUGAUGUGUUUUGUUCAUGCACUGGUGUACCUGGACCACAAGGAAACUCUGGAAGACCGGGUCAAAAGGGCUCUACUGGUCAGAAUGGUCAUCCUGGAUUUCCAGGAGAUGAUGGUAGUGUGGGAGAGCGAGGACCACCAGGGCUGAAUGGAACUCAGGGACACAAAGGUUGCCUUGGAAACAGAGGAAUCAAGGGCCAGCGAGGCUACAAUGGAAAUAAAGGAGAAGAUGGGGAGAACGGGCUGGAUGAAGUGGAUGGAGAACAGGGCGAUGCUGGUCUACCUGGGCUUCCAGGACCUAAAGGAGACCCGGGCAGUGCUGGUGUGAAGGGUUUCAAAGGGAGUCCUGGAACUAAGGGACACAGCGGUCUAAGAGGAGAUCCUGGCACACCAGGAAUAGACAACAAUACUCCAGGUCCAAAAGGCGAGAGAGGAGAUACUGGACUCCCGGGUGACCAGGGGACUCUUGGACCCUCAGGCAGACCUGGAGAUAAGGGUGAUCCUGGUGCUCCAGGAAGAAAAGGUUCACAAGGAUCCCUGGGUGAAUCUUUAAAUAAAAAAGGAGAAGCUGGACAGCCAGGGCCUCCUGGUUACCCUGGACCAGUGGGACCACCAGGUAUAAAUGGGUCUCAAGGAGAAGAUGGUCCUUCAGGUGUACCUGGAAUUCCGGGUCCCUUUGGCCCUCCUGGAGCUAAAGGUUCAAAGGGAGGUCGAGGACCCAGAGGGCCACGGGGUCUACCGGGUGAAACAGGGAUCAAGGGAGCGCUGGGGCCAGAAGGAUUCGAAGGGCCUCCGGGACAAGAUGGCAGAGAUGGGUAUGGACCUGCUGGGCCCAAAGGACACAAGGGAAACAAAGGAUACUUUGGCCUCCCUGGUUUGCAGGGUGACGAUGGUACCAAAGGAUCCAGUGGAAGUAAAGGACACAAAGGUUAUCGAGGAACACGGGGGAACAGUGGUCGUCCGGGUAUGCCAGGUGCUCCAGGAGAAAAUGGGAUGGACGGACACCGGGGUGAGAAAGGACUUCCUGGGAUCAAUCCGAUGCCUGAAUGUGACCUGGUCAAAUACAUACGCAAGACUUGUGCUUGCUGCGCUGGAAAGCAUUUGCAGUGUCCAGUUUACCCCACAGACCUGGUGAUAGCCUUGGACAUGUCUAUAGGUGUAUCUUCUGAUGUGUUCGAGCGGAUACGUUCUGCUGCACUCUCCUUACUGGAAGACAUUUCCAUUGCUGAAACAAAUUGUCAAUGGGGAGCUCGGGUAUCUGUGAUCUCUUACAACAACGAGUCCAGGAACCUGAUCCGUUUUGCGGACCACCAUAAGAAGAAGACCCUUCUGGAAGCUCUAAGAGCAAUCGCUAAAGAGAGAACCACAAAAAACAGGGACAUAGGACAAGCCAUGCUCUUCGUGGCACGGAACAUCUUCAAACGAGUCAGAAAGGGCAGACUUAUGAGGAAGGUGGCUGUGUUCAUCACAAACGGGCCAACGAAUGAUGAAUCAAGACUCGCCACAGCAAUGCUGGAGUUCAAGGCAGCAGACAUUGGCCUCGGAGUGAUCGCUUUACGACCUGCUGAUGAUGUGAGCCGAGCAAUGCAGGUUGACGACACGAAAAGCUACAUUAUUGUUGAUGGCAGAGAAGUGAAUCGCAUUAAAAAGUGCCUCAUUUGUUUUGAUUGCUGUAACCCAGACCCAGAGUGUGGUAUAAUUCUGCAGCCGCAACCUCUACAGAUGGACUUGGACCUGUCUUUGCUGCUGGAUGGGUCUAAUAACCUGAACACUCAACAGUAUUCAGAUGCGAAGGAGCUUCUUCUGUCUCUGUUGGACCGGAUCGGCGUGAGCAACGAGCCGAGCAGAGCGGACGGGAAAACCAGAUUGGCCGUCUAUCAGCAGAGCUCUGUUUACGGCUCCUCUUACAUCAACGAGGAGUUCAGCUUCACCAAGUUUAAAGAUCGCAGUAUCAUGAAGCAGCAUAUUACUAGUACAGUGAAGCAAAUGGGCGGGACAUCCCAUCCUGAGUUUGCUUUGGAGUGGCUGAUUACUAACAUUAUCCUUAAAGCAGAAAGACCACGAAGCAAACGAAUGGUUGUGGCUGUUUUUGGUGAAAACUCUAAGCACAGCAAAGCUCAGCUGGAUUAUUUGUCUAGAUUAUGUAAGUGUCAGAAUGUUGUUAUGUUUGUCCUCAUGGCGGGACACAGAUUCGACUGGACCCGGAUGCAGGAGCUCACCAACUCUCCUCUGGAGCAACACCUGGUAUUCCUGGAUGACAGAGAGUACGCCACACGCUUUGUUUACGCCUUCCUGCAGAUGUUCCACAGAGGAAUCUUGCCCCAGUCACUGAUAGAUACCCGUGAUUGUCGUGGUUUUGUGCCGAGGCCUGUUGGAUUUGGACAACGAACCACAGAGAGAGAUAUUCUGCCCACUAUUCUGUCCACUGAAGGGCCCAUCACAACAGAAGAACCUCUGGAGGAAUAUGAUGUUUAUGAUGAGAAAAACGCAGAACCAACUGCUGAAGCUUAUCAACUUCAGUUCACUGAACGUUUUACAGAAGAUCACACCGAGCCUCCAAAGACUAAAGCAGCACGGUGUUUCCUUGAGAGAGAUUCUGGCCGUGUGUGUGCAUCGUAUGUGUCCAGAUGGUACUACAGCCAGAAGACUAAGAAAUGCAUGCACUUUUGGUACGGUGGUUGUGACGGAAAUGAAAACCGAUUCUUGACAGAGGAAGAGUGCUAUAGGGAGUGUGGGUCCUCGGACAUUUGCCAGCUUGAGUAUGACGCAGGAACUUGCUCAAACUUUACAGUGAAAUGGCACUUCAACGCCAGCAGUGGUGAAUGCGCCGCGUUCUGGUAUGGAGGCUGUGAAGGGAACAGCAACCGGUUCAACACACAGAAGGACUGUGAGAAUCACUGUCUCCGGGUCAAAAAAGUAUCUCCUAACAUAUCUAAACUGUGAUAUCUAAUGAAUUUCCAAUGAAUGCCGAAUACAUUUAUCUACAUUUGGCAGCUUCUGUAUUCAUUACCAUAUUCUGAUCAUUAAUUGUCAAAUGGACAGUCAGUCUUGAAGUUUUAGCUAAAUGUAUUUGAACAGAUUUAGUUAAUAAAGGCCCAAAGAUUUAACAGCUGAUGUGAAGGACCUUAAUUUGGAAAAGGAACAACUGUUUAUUUGAUUACAAGAGCAGAAUUUGUUUAAAGGUGAAGUAUGUAAGUUAUACAUAAUUAGCUACACCAGAAAUAAUUGCAAACAUAAUGAUUCAGCCAAACUCAGGCCAUUGGCACAGACAAUGUUGUUGGACAGCUUAAAUGAAACCUUUAACUUAAACUUUUUUUAAUCACAUUUAUAUAACCUGUAUUUCACAAAAUUCCUUGAGUUGUACUGGCCAUGCUUUUUUAAACCCAUGACCUUGCUAUUGCUUGUGAUAUUGUCUACUGUUUGGCUGUAGCUCAAAACCCAAGUACUGAUAUUGAUAUUUUUUAUUUUUCCUCCUAAAAAGGGUUUCUGUAAAGCCAUUGGAUAUAAAAAUAAAUUAUUUACAUUUUUUGGGGAUGCUGGCCCAUUUUACAUCACUAAACAUUGGGAAUUGAGAAAAAACAUUAAUAGGUAAAACAUUAUUGGACAUCCAAAACAGUAAGUGUUAGUAUGCAUGCCGGGAAACGUGUCAAUUAAAUAUGUAUCCCUCUUACUAUUUUGUCCAAUAUUUCUGUGCAUUAUUUAUUUGUAUGCUUACUAGAGUGUCGUGCCAUUAUCUUCCCAAUGAGGAGCUGUUUUUGUGUGAUGCUCAGAGUUGCUGCCUAUGUAGAGUGUUCCAAAUCAGUCAUUUAUGAAGUUCUGCUUCAGUUAGGCUGCAGUCUUACAAGGCAUCUGCUUAUAUAGGCAGGUUUUGUAACAUGGGUGUCUUUGAUUACUGUGUUGAUUCUCCUCCAGAUCGUUGUAACCCAGACCCAGAAGGAGGGAACUGAGAUGUCACAUUGGAACGUUUCGACGUAAUGGGAUCUCGCAUGAGGGCCCUAUCACCUUCGAGUAUAAAUUAAAUGAGCCAAUGCACAUUGGUGUGCGAGAUUUGCAUUGCACGCUCCACCCCGCAGAGCAGGUUUAAAGACGGAAGCGGGAGCAAAAUUCAGGUUUUCACUGAGGUGACCCAGUGCUCAGCGGUGGUACAGCAAC